AUGCUCGUUCAUAGGUUCGAGCCACCGCGUCAGAAGACCGGAUCAAAGUCUAAAACCACACCCCCCAAUAUCACCGUUGUGACUCGCGUGAGACCUAUAUCCUCCGAAGAAGGAUCCUGGGGACUAGUUGUUGCUGUUUGCUCCCGAUCUGAUAGUAUCGGAGCCGUUGAUUUGCAUAAGCUGCGACGUGUUGUCGGGGGAGUCCCCCCUUUGAUUGUGAUCCUCCUCAUUUCGAUUGGUGCAGAUGUUCAAACCAAGAUAAUCUAUGAUGAUGUAGUACACUCCCUAAUUCCCUGGGCAUGGGAUGGAAAUGUCGGAACGCUUUUCGCCUAUGGGCAAAAAGGAUCCGGGAAAACAUUCACCGUGCGUGGUUUAGAGCAUCUGGUUGCGCAAUCUCUAUUCGAUGGGACAUUAGAGGGUGAGCGGAAUCUCUACCUUGCCAUCUUCGAGCUAGCCGGCAACUCUGCCUAUGAUCUCUUGAGUGCUCGCGCGCCUUUCCCGGUUCGAGAGGACCACCUUGGCACGACCCAAUUGGUUGGGAUUCAGGAGUCUCAGAUAGGAAGCACACCUGAACUGCUUGCUCUCCUCAAUACAGCAAAUGAGCUUCGAAGAUCAGCGCAUACAGUCAAGAAUGACGGUUCUUUACGCUCACACGCAGUGUGUCGCAUUCGAAUUGAAAGGCCGUCACAGGAGCCAGGGAGAGAUGGCAUCCUAUAUCUGAUCGACCUCGCUGGCUCGGAAGCAGCACGUGAUGUCUUCUCGCACUUGACAGAGCGAAUGAAAGAGACUCGUGAACUCAAUAUGAGUCUAUCUGUGUUGAAAGAUUAUAUUCGAAGCAUGCCGGGCAUCGACAAGGGUGAUGGAACCGCCCCAUCGAAAGCGUAUAUUCCUUUUCGUCAAAGCACCUUGACCAAGGUCCUGAAGCAUCUCUUUGAUUCGUCGGAGAGUCGUCAAUGCCGGACUACUGUUAUCGCUUGUAUCAAUCCGAGUUUCCUGGACACCGGAGCUAGCAAGAAUACCUUGCGCUAUGCAGAGAUGCUUUGUCAAUCUCAGCCAGCCCCGAAAUGGGAGGUGCAUUACCCCAGCGCUCAUACCAUGCAUGACCUUUCGUAUAGGGUAGCCAAUAAAGAAAAGCAGGUUCCCGUACUUGGAUUGUUGAGGUCAUAG